AUGCCUCCUCGUAGGAAGCCACAGGCUCCUGCCGCGCGAUCUGCAGACGCUAUGACAGCGUCGAGAAGAGCAGCUGCAGGGCCUUCAUCGACACAGAAGCGUUCAUCCGUGUCGAAACAGGCAUCGAAUCCUACACAGCCGGAGCCAAGCGUCGAGGAGCAGAAUAACCAAGCCGACGAACACCCGCAUGUACCAUACCGCCACCGCGAUCCUUUCGAUGCGCUCCUAGAGCCCUUCUAUUACAACAAGUCUUUGACUGAUCCGAUCAAUACCGCCAAGGAUAAAUGGAAUUUGUUGCCGGCAUUCUUGAAGGUGAAGGGGUUGGUCAAACAGCACAUUGACUCAUACAACUACCUCGUGGAAGUACAGUUGAAAAAGAUCGUUGAGUCGAGCUCUAUCAUCCGUAGUGAUAUAGAUCACAACUUUUACAUUAAGUUUACCGACAUUUAUCUGGGAGCUCCGCGACGUGCAGACGAACAGCAAGACGCUGGCCCGGGAUUUUCAGGGUCGACCGUGAGUCCCCAGGAAUGCCGACUUCGUGAUACCACAUACGCGGCCCCGAUUCAAGUUGAUUUCGAAUAUGUACGUGGUCGUCAACGUGUGAAGAAGACGGGCUAUUCCAUUGGCCGCAUGCCGGUCAUGCUUCGUAGCUCGAAAUGUGUUCUGUCCGAUAAAACCCCGGCAGAGAUGACUGUGUUGAAUGAAUGUCCUUUGGAUCCUGGUGGUUACUUCAUUGUGAACGGUACAGAAAAGGUUAUUCUCGUCCAAGAACAGUUGAGCAAGAACAGAAUUAUCGUUGAAACGGACCCGAAGAAGGAAAUCGUGCAGGCGUCCGUUACCAGUUCCUCCAAUGAGCGCAAAUCUAAGAGUUAUAUCGUCCUAAAGAAGGACAAGCUUUACGUGAAACAUAACGUGCUUAGCGAGGAUAUCCCUAUCGUCAUUUUGCUGAAAGCAAUGGGCAUCCACACCGACAAGGAGAUGCUCCUUCUUGUUGCCGGUAUUGAUAAAGUGUACCAGGAAGACUUUGCGAUCAACUUUGAGGAGGCCAUUAAGCUCGGAAUCUACACACAGCAGCAAGCUUUGGACUGGAUUGGCUCUCGAAUUAAGAUCAACCGCGGCAAACAAAACAAUUAUCGCCGGACCCAUGUGCAAGAAGCUGUCGAAGCCAUUGCAUCCGUCAUAAUAUCCCAUAUUGAAGUAAAAGACCUGAACUUUCGACCAAAGGCAGUCUAUGUUGCUCACAUGGCGCGUCGUGUUCUUAUGGCUAAGAACGAUCCUUCGCUGGUAGAUGACCGUGACUACCUUGGUAAUAAGAGAUUGGAAUUGGCUGGUCAGCUACUGGCCCUCCUUUUCGAGGAUCUGUUCAAGAAGUUUUGCUUUGAUAUCAAAAUGAAUGUUGACAAGGUCUUAAAUAAACGCAACAGAGCUGAGGCUUUUGAUGCCUGGACUGUUAUGAGCAUGCACGGCAACCAUAUCACCCAAGGUAUGAAUCGUGCUAUCUCGACGGGUAACUGGAGCUUGAAGCGUUUCCGUAUGGAGCGUGCUGGUGUUACUCAUGUGCUCAGUCGACUGAGCUAUAUUGCGGCACUGGGUAUGAUGACUCGUAUUAGCAGUCAGUUCGAGAAAACCCGAAAGGUCAGCGGUCCCAGAGCUCUACAACCGUCUCAAUUUGGCAUGCUUUGUCUUGCAGAUACACCAGAAGGUGAAGCUUGUGGUCUUGUGAAGAACUUAGCGCUUAUGACCCAUAUCACGACCGAUGACGAAGAAGGCCCGAUAAGAAACUUGAUCUUCAUUCUAGGCGCAGAAGAUAUUUCCACUCUUGGUGGAAAGGAGCUUUACGGCCCUGGUUGCUACACUAUCUCUAUCAACGGAACACCGAUGGCACUGACGCGUCGCCCGAAGUAUUUCCUUGAUGCUUUCCGGAGAUUGCGUCGAAUGGGCAGAAUUUCGGAGUUUGUCAGUAUUUAUAUUAAUCACCACCAGCGUGCUGUUCAUGUUGCUACCGAUGACGGACGAAUUUGCCGCCCGCUUAUUGUUGUCGAGAACGGAAAGACCAGGGUUAGAGCGCAUCACUUGAAGAAAUUGCGCGAGGGAGCCAUGUCGUUUGAUGACUUUCUUGCUCAAGGUCUAGUCGAGUAUCUGGAUGUCAACGAGGAGAAUGACUCGUUGAUCUCAAUCUAUGAAAAGGAUAUUACUGAGGCCACGACUCACCUGGAAAUCGAGCCCUUCACCGUUCUUGGUGCUGUCGCCGGCCUGAUCCCUUACCCACACCACAAUCAGUCGCCGCGUAACACGUACCAAUGUGCUAUGGGUAAACAAGCUAUUGGCGCAAUCGCAUCCAAUCAAUUCCUUCGCAUUGACUCAAUCCUCUAUCUCAUGGUGUAUCCGCAAAAGCCUAUGGUCAAGUCUCGCACUAUUGAGCUGACGAAAUACGAUCAACUACCAGCCGGUCACAAUGCCAUGGUCGCAGUAAUGAGUUACUCCGGCUACGAUAUUGAGGAUGCUUUAGUUCUGAAUAAGGGGUCUGUUGAUCGUGGUUUCGGACGUUGCCAGGUGUUUAAGAAAUCCGUCGCCAACUUGAAGAGUUAUUCCAACGGUACCAAGGACAUCUUGAUGCCACCAGAGUAUGACAAUGACGCCCCCAUACGGAAACAUGCUCUUCUUGAGAGCGAUGGUUUAGCUGCAGUUGGUGAGCAGGUCAAUGCUGGCGAAGUCUACAUCAACAAAUCUACUCCUGAUCAAUCUCUUGCCUCCGGAUUUCCUGGCUCUGAGAUAGGUCGGCCAGUCAAAUACACGCCUACACCUAUGACAUAUAAGCUGCACGACCCUGCGUAUAUUGACCAAGUUCUUGUCUCCACGACAGAGAACGAAAACCAACUCAUCAAGGUGCUUACCCGCCAAACCCGUCGACCCGAGGUGGGUGAUAAGUUCUCUUCUCGUCACGGACAAAAGGGUGUCGUGGGUAUCAUUGCCGACCAGGCCGAUAUGCCUUUCACAGAUCAAGGAAUCAACCCUGACAUUAUCAUGAACCCUCAUGGUUUCCCUUCUCGAAUGACUGUCGGGAAAAUGUUGGAACUUGUCGCCGGAAAGGCUGGCGUCCUGGCGGGCCAGCACGGGUACGGAACUUGUUUCGGUGGCAGUCCUGUCGAGGAAAUGUCCCAGAUUCUUAUCGACAAGGGAUUCAGCUACGGUGGUAAAGAUUACCUCACCUCGGGAAUUACUGGCGAGGCGCUACCAUUCUACGUCUUCACCGGCCCCAUCUACUAUCAGAAACUCAAGCACAUGGUUCAAGACAAGAUGCAUUCUCGUGCUCGUGGUCCUCGAGCCAUCCUCACUCGCCAGCCAACGGAAGGUCGUUCCCGUGAUGGCGGUCUCCGUCUAGGUGAGAUGGAGCGUGACUGUUUGAUUGCCUACGGAACUAGUCAGCUUCUCCUCGAGCGACUGAUGAUCUCGUCAGAUCGUCACGAGAUCGAUGUCUGCGAGCAGUGCGGCUUCAUGGGCUAUCUGAACUGGUGUCAGCGCUGUAAAUCCUCGCGGAGUGUGGUCAAGAUGGCCAUCCCAUACGCAGCUAAGCUUCUUAUUCAGGAGCUGAUGAGUAUGAAUGUUACGGCAAGGUUGAAACUAGAGGACGAGUUCCCAGAAACAAGGGGAAUGUAA